AUGGAGAAAAAAUAUUCAAGAAAACCUUGUAAAAUACCGGUUAUAAAGUCAUCACAAUAUGAGGCAGGGUCCGCUAUACAUCACAAUAGGAAAUACUGGCACAAAGUGUUUCAAGAAAUGGAUACUUCGACUACAUCGGAUUACGAGAAAAGUCGUCACCUAUCACAGGUUCUCCCAGACAACUUGUAUGAAAAAGUUUGUGAAGUACUGGAAUUGCCAAGAGUAGAACCACAAACGGAUACGCCUAAACAACGACCAGAGAAAAUCGUGCGUAGGCUGAAGAAACAACCUCUGUUGUCUUAUAGAAAGACUCUGUAUAUUGAUAGAGAGAUGGAUUCCGAUACUGAUGUUGAAGUGAGUCCCAGAGAUGAUGUGGAAGAAGAACUAAACGUCCACCGAGAACUGCUAAGGAAACCAGUUCGUGAGCAGAUCACGUGGGCUACGCACUAUCUCCAGCCGGAGCGAGAGGACGAGAAGAGUCUAGUCACCAAGGCAGAUGACGUCACUAAUCGGAUAGCGACUGAUUUCGCUCAGUACAUGACUGAGUUGGGCGGCAACCAGCAAUCACAACUUUUUACUCCGAAAGCUAUUAAAGAACUUUUUCAGGUUGAGUUCGAUACGCACGUGGCCCGCGGUCUGCAGGUGGUACCAAAGGAACUGCCCACUGUUCUUGAUAGAAUAGCUACUGUUUCAGGAAAUCCAGAGAGAUCUCAACUGGCCAUGUUAGAGCGAGAAGUGAGCAAAGACAUCGCGGCUGAGCGUCGUCCUGAGUUGAAGAUGGCGUUCAACUACAGCAUACCCCCGAAGGAGCAGUGGCACGCUCCUAAGAACAACACUAAGACCAUGUGGCGGUCAGCGCGCCAUGUGCCUAAGGACCUGGUCUCUUUGAAGACUGUUUGGGAGGGCAUAACAAACUUGAGGAGUGUCCGUGAAUACUGCCGCUGGAUGAUCGAGCACCCUGAGUACCGUCGCGCACCGUACCUUCUCAGCCUGGGCAUGUUCGACCCUGCCGUGUUGGAGGCGCGCAUGACCCUCGAGUUGAAUAACAUGGUCGCGCCGCCCUCGCCUGACCACUCCCCUUCGCCCAUCGACCACAUUCGACGACGACUCUCGCAGCUGGCUGACACCGACCACGACUGAUCAGCUCGCGGCCUAAAUCCUGUACAUAAUAAUUAAACUCCAAACUUGUGGUUGCGCCUUUAAUAAUAAACUCCAUUAAACGCGCAACCACUUCCGAAGAACCUAAUAGUUGGCUUUUAGAACAAGAAUUUGCAUUCUUCCGAUAACAUGAUGCUUGAUUCGACUGCGCUUGGAGGGUUAUGUUUUUUCUAGAUUGAAUUGUAGAU